CGGCCAAGAAGACGAUCCGCGACGUGCGCAUCGAGGCCGAGAUGAAGACGCCCAACUCGGCCGCCGUGACGAAGCUCGAGCUGCUGACGAGCCCGGACCAGGCGCCGGUAGCCUCGUCGGAUUUGGCUACCGCCGGCGGCGUGGGAGUGGACUUGGAGCCAGGCGAGACGCUGCAGAAGGUGGUCAACUUCGACCUCAAGGAGGAGGGCAACCACGUCCUGGCCGUCACGGUCAGCUACUACGAGGCCACGGACACGAGCGGGCGCACGCGCACGUUCCGCAAGCUGUACCAGUUCAUCUGCAAGGCGUCACUGAUCGUGCGCACCAAGCCCGGGCCGCUGCCGGCGGUGCGCGUCGUCGACGACGGUGGGCUGUCGUCGGGCGGGUGGUGGCGCCGCCGCUGGGUCCUCGAGGCCCAGCUCGAAAACUGCAGCGAGGACACGAUGCAGCUCGAGCGCAUCGUGCUCGACCUCGAGCCCGGCCUCGCCUACACCGACUGCAACUGGGAGGCCAGCGCGUCGCCCAAGCCCGUGCUGCACCCGGGCGAGACGGAGCAGGUCUGCUUUGUGCUGGAAGAGGAGACGGACGCGGCGGGCGCCGGCCGAGGAGGUGAUGCCGUUCUUCAAGAGCAGGACGGCAGGAUCAUCUUUGGCGUAUUGGGAAUCAGCUGGCGCAGCGAGAUGGGCAACCGCGGGUUCUUGGAGACGGGCAAGUUGGGCACGCGCCACGUCAAGCCCCGCGAGCCAAAGGCUAUUACCGCUCCGGCGUGAGAUGUUCGCUACUUCUACUUUACGCCCGCUCUGUUGCCUUUAGGUGGCGUCCUCAUCUUACCUAAACUCCGAGGGCGGUGUGAGACAAUAUUUAGGCGCAAGGUCGGCGCUUCGUGAAAGGUUCCCAUGUUUUGCAGCAGCUUGUCUGCUUUGGCGAGAGAAUUCAUGUUGCCAAUGACUCUUUUCCGCACUCGAGCAUGACUUUUAGAGGCCUAAAUCUCUCUCUUUCUCUGGUUUCUCACUGGGGAUGCAAGUCAUUAAAUAGACGGACAGACCUGGCUCUCGCGAGAAGGCCUGGUGGUAUCAGUACUAACUAGUAAGAUGGUGGAUGGCCAUAGAUACGUAGGCAACUUUUGAUACGGGUUCCAUCUCGUGAUAAUUAAUUCCCUACCUACGUAACGAGCCUUACGGUUUACCUAAGUACUUCGCAUGGAAGUCAAUAUGGCGAGCAUGACUAUCGAUCGAAUUCCCCAUGGGAUAUAU